AUGCCAACAAAUCAAAACUAUUCUCAUAAUGAUACGGACAGUAAAAACAUUAUUUCUCCGGAAGCUAGAGCAUCGAUUGCCGAUAUUAAUCCUCCGACAAUUAAGCGCUCAUCAGCUCCGUCAUCAGCAGAAAUGCUUCGAGAACAUGUUCGAGUUGUUCUAGGUUGUGCCACUAAUAUUAUCGCAUCGAUUGGUAUUAUAUUUCUGAAUAAAUAUAUAUUCAAGAACUGCCGAAUCCGAACAAUGACAUUAACUGCUAUACAAAUGGCGUUCACAUCCAUAGGUUUGCUCAUAUGUUUGCAAAUGAAUACAUUCGUGCGUAAAACUAUCGCACUGGAAAAAGUUCUGCCGUUAGCAGCUGUCUUCUGUGCUUUCGUCGUGUUCACGAAUUUAUCAUUAGAAUAUAACACGAUUGGGACAUAUCAACUAUUCAAAAUCUUAACAACACCAGUCGUUGUUCUCAUAUCAUGGCAAUAUUAUAAAACGAAGUACUCACGAAUGGUAGUAGCAACACUAGUGCCUGUCGUAGUUGGUGUAGCCACACACUCGGUUAAUGAUAUUCAAUUAACAUUAUUGGGAACAGUUAUAGCUGCUAUUGGAAUUCUAUCCGCAUCACUAUAUCAGGUUUGGAUUGGUGAACGUUUGAAAGAAUUAGAAAUGAAUUCUCAGCAAUUACUUUAUUACCAAGCACCCUUAUCAGCCUUAUUGCUUAUUCCAUUUAUCAUUGUUAUGGAAAGUUUCCCAUCAUUUGAAACAGACGAACAACAACGUACGGCAAUUGCUGCUGUUGUCGCAUCGGGUAUUGUUGCUUUUGUUGUGAAUUUAUCCGUUUAUUGGGUCAUUAAAAAUACCUCUGCUCUAACUUAUAAUAUGAUUGGUCAUAUGAAAACAGUUUCAAUACUUGUUGGCGGUUUCAUUUUAUUCCAAGAAAGUUUGAAUUUUAAACAAUUUCUCGGUAUUAUGAUGACUUUAUUCGGUCUAUUCGCCUACACAUUGAUUCGUAUGCGUGAACAAAACCAAUUACCAUGUACUCGAUGGAAUAUCAAUCCCACUCCCACAUCCGUUUAA